AUGGAUGAAGGUGGUAAGAGAAUGGAAGAAGGACUCGACUUAGCAUUGGAUAUUGAUGCUAAAGAUGACAAUGUCUCGAAGAAGGAAGAAACAAGCAAUAUUGAUGAGCAUGAGACAGACACAAUGGUUAAGCAAAAGACAAAAAGGAUUGCAACACUUGAUGCAUUUAGGGGCCUCACCAUAGUGAUAAUGAUACUGGUCGACAAAGCUGGUGGAGUUUAUCCAAGCAUUGAUCACGCACCGUGGAACGGAUGUACUUUGGCUGAUUUUGUUAUGCCUUUCUUUCUUUUUAUUGUUGGUGUUGCCAUAGCGCUUGCACUAAAGAGAAUAGAGAAGAUAAAAUAUGCGGUGAAGAAGAUAAUGGUUAGGACAUUGAAGCUUCUGUUUUGGGGUAUACUUUUGCAAGGUGGAUAUUCUCAUGCUCCUGAUGACCUGUCAUAUGGAGUCAACAUGAAAUUCAUUAGAUGGUGUGGCAUUCUUCAGAGAAUAGGUCUUGUGUAUUGUGUUGUGGCUUUAAUAGAGACAUUUACCACCAAGCUUAGACCCACCACCUUGACUUCUUAUGGACGCAUAGCCAUUUUCAAAGCUUAUAAAUGGCAAUGGUUCGGAGGCUUUAUAGCAUUUCUCAUUUACAUGAUCACAACUUUCACACUCUACGUUCCAGAUUGGAGUUUCGUAGAUCAUGUUAUCGGCGACGAACCAAAGCGAUACACAGUCAUAUGUGGGAUGAGAGGACACAUAGGCCCUGCAUGUAACGCAGUCGGACAUGUGGAUAGGCAAGUUUGGGGGGUUAACCAUUUUUACUCACAUCCUGUUUGGAGACACUUGAAGGAAUGCACAUUCAGUUCUCCAGGUGAAGGUCCACUUCGCGAAGAUGCUCCAAGUUGGUGCCGUGCUCCCUUUGAACCCGAGGGCUUGUUGAGUUCGAUAUCAGCAAUCCUCUCUGGCACCAUAGGAAUCCAUUACGGGCACGUCUUGAUUCAUUUUAAGGGUCAUUCAGAGAGGCUCAAACAUUGGGUCUCUAUGGGGUUUGUGUUACUCACAAUAGCUAUUAUCCUUCACUUUACAAAUGCUAUCCCCAUUAACAAGCAACUUUAUAGCAUUAGCUAUGUUUGUUUCACAGCUGGAAUAGCUGGAAUUGUAUUCUCUGCCCUAUACAUAUUGAUAGAUGUUUGGAGGUUCCGUACUCCGUUCUUGUUCUUGGAAUGGAUAGGAAUGAAUUCUAUGUUAGUGUUUGUGAUGGCAGCUGAAGGCAUUUUUGCAGGGUUUGUAAAUGGAUGGUAUUAUGAAGAUCCAAAUAACUCACUAGUACAUUGGAUCAAGAAACAUGUGUUUGUGAGUGUUUGGAAGUCAGAGAGAGUGGGAACUCUCUUAUAUGUAAUCUUUGCAGAAAUUACUUUCUGGGGAGUUGUUGCUGGCGUGUUGCACAAGUUAAAAAUAUACUGGAAAUUGUAA